CAGGUCCUCCGUGCCGCCCCCCGCGCCCCGUGCCUGCCCCGCGGGCGUGGGCGCCGUGGCCGGUCCGCGGUGGGCCGGGGGGCCGCCGGCGCCAUGGCAGCCGCGGAGCCGCUGCGGCCGCGCCUGUGCCGCCUGGUGCGCGGGGAGCACGGCUACGGCUUCCACCUGCACGGCGAGAAGGGCCGCCGCGGCCAGUUCAUCCGGCGCGUGGAGCCCGGCUCGCCGGCCGAGGCGGCUGCGCUGCGCGCGGGGGACCGGCUGGUCGAGGUCAACGGCGUCAACGUGGAGGGCGAGACGCACCACCAGGUGGUGCAGAGAAUCAAGGCUGUGGAAGGACAGACUCGGCUGCUGGUGGUGGACAAAGAGACGGACGAGGAGCUCCGCCGGCGGCAGCUGACCUGCACAGAGGAGAUGGCCCAGCGAGGGCUUCCGCCCACCCAUGACCCCUGGGAGCCGAAGCCGGACUGGGCACGUGCAAGCAACCUCAGCUCCGAGGCGGGCCAGAAGGAUGUCGGUGGGCCCCCCAGGGAGCUACGCCCUCGGCUCUGCCACCUGAGAAAGGGCCCCCAAGGUUACGGGUUCAACCUGCACAGUGACAAGUCCCGGCCGGGACAGUACAUCCGCUCCGUGGACCCAGGCUCGCCUGCCGCUCACUCUGGCCUCCGCGCCCAGGACAGACUCAUCGAGGUGAAUGGGCAGAAUGUGGAGGGGCUGCGCCACGCAGAGGUGGUCGCCAGCAUCAAGGCGCAGGAGGACGAGGCCCGGCUGCUGGUGGUGGACCCCGAAACGGAUGAGCACUUCAAGCGGCUACGGGUCACACCUACUGAGGAGCACGUGGAAGGUCCACUGCUAUCACCAGUCACCAAUGGGACCAGCCCUGCCCAGCUGAACGGUGGCUCAGCGUGUUCGUCCCGAAGUGAUCUGCCUGGCUUAGACAAGGACACUGAGGACAGCAACACCUGGAAGCGUGACCCCUUUCAGGAGAGCGGCCUCCACCUGAGCCCCACGGCGGCCGAAGCCAAGGAGAAGGCGAGAGCCACCCGGGUCAACAAGCGGGCGCCACAGAUGGACUGGAACCGGAAGCGCGAGAUCUUCAGCAACUUCUGAGCCCCUCCCUGCCUGUUUGCCGGUGACCCGG